AUGACUAGAAGAAAAGGCAAAGUUGUUUCCCAAAGGUCCCCUAAAAAAAGUGCACAAGUGAAAAGCCCUGUCAAAGACUCUGUCAAGAAGAAGAGUACUUCUGCUGGUCCUAUCAAGAGCAAAGUUGUGGCAAAGAGUACAGGGGUUGGUCCAUCAAAAUCCUGGAGCAAGGUUUUUCCAAAGAAAAGAAAGGAGUGGGAAAUUGUUGAAUCUGAGUCUGAUGUUAAAGUGGAUGUUCCUGACAUUCCAUCAAGGAAGAAGCCUACAACCAGCAAGCUUGCUGCAAGUAUUCAUGAAGUUCCUAUUGAUAAUGUGUCAUUCCACUAUGCCUCUAGUGCCAGUAGGUGGAAAUAUGUGCUCCAAAAGAGACUGGAUAUUGAAAGGGAAUUGACUCAAAAUUCUCUUGAGAACAAGGAAGUCUUAGCGCUAAUUCUGGAAGCUAGACUAUUGAAGACUGUUUGCAAUCUUCCCAAGUGUUAUGAGAAGUUGGUCAAAGAAUUUGUGGUGAACCUAUUUGAAGAUCGUGGAAACAACAGGAGUGUGGACUUUAGAAAGGUGUUUGUGAGAGACAACAAAGCUUGUCAAGUGAUCACAACCAAGCAGAUAGGAGCAGCUAAUUGGGUACCAACGAAUCACAAGUCCACUAUUUCAACUGUUCUUGGCAGAUUUAUGUAUGUUGUAGGAGCAAAGGCAAAGUUUGACUAUGGAACAUAUAUUUUCGAUCAAACUAUGAAGCAUGCUGGAACCUUCAGUGUUAAGGGUACAAUUGCCUUUCCAUCCCUCCUGUGUGGCAUAAUUCUGACUCAGUAUCCCAACAUUCUCAAUGAGCAUGAUAUAGUAUGCAAAAGAGAAAGUCCCUUGGCUUUCCACUAUAAAUUGUUUCAAGAUACGCAUGUUCCAGACAUUGUCAUGACAUCGGCUGAAACAUCCACGUCUAGAGCAUCAGCCAGCAAAGCAGAAGUCAUAGCAAUGUUAAAAGAGACCUGCAAAGAGCUGGAAGCUAGGAAGAUAUCCCUUGAAAAGAUGAUAAGCACUCUGGAAAUGGAUGAGAAUAAGGAAUUUUCAGAUGCUGUAAAGAUGGAAGAUAAAGAUGAACAAGAGAAGGAAGUAGAACCUGAAGAAGAUGUGGAAAAAGAGAGUACCAGUCCUACUGAUGGCUCUGAGAAAGGAAGUUAUGCAGGCACCUCAAGUGGGUCUGACUCCGGACAGUAA